AUGUCUUUUGCAAAAUCUCAAAAGAGUGGACGAAAAAAAUACAAGGAGAGAUCACAGCCAACUGAAAGAGCCCAGUUGGGCAUUCUCGAAAAACGUGCAGACUAUCGUGUCCGCGCCAAGAAUGCAAACGAGAAACGCGACCAACUGAGACAGCUUCACCUGAAGGCUCUCGACAGAAAUCCCGACGAAUUCCACUUCAAAAUGAUGCGGACUAAACUAAUCGUAUUUUCCCUCCCUAAUUGGAGGACGGAGUUCACCAGCCGGAGGAAAACAAGCCCGUUGUGUACACAGACGACCAACGACUGGCCAUGGACACUCAGGACAUGA